AUGAAAGUUCAAAUUAGUCAUAUUGAUAAGCGAGGAGGGACUCGGACGUGUCAAGAUGACGAGGACGACCCCGAGCGACUCAACCUGUCGAGGCUCAAGCUGGCUCUCAAGUACGACCAGAAGCAGUUCGUGGCACACCCCAACUGCCAGCAACUCCUGACCUCGGUGUGGCACGAGGGCCUCCCCAUCUGGCGCCGCCGCAAUGCCAUCGUGAAAAUCCUUCUGUGCCUGUCAAUCAUCAUCUGCAUGCCUGUCAUCGCUGUUAUCUACCUCAUCUUCCCGAGGACACAGCUCGGGAGGGUCAUAAGGUCACCCUUCAUGAAGUUCAUCUAUCACAGAUAUAAGCAGGUGUGGGCAGAGUGCAAGCAGCUGUGGGAAGAGGGACUGACAGCCUACAUCCGUCAGUGGUGGAACUGGCUGGACUUCAUCAUGCUGUCCCUGUAUCUGUGCACGUUCAGUCUCCGUGCUGUGGCCUUUGUGCAGAUCACCACCAAUAAGUAUGGGCCCAGAGAGGUCCCCCGCUCCCAGUGGCCGACCAACGACCCCACCCUCAUUGCCGAGGUGUUCGCCGUCGCCAACGUCUUUUCCUUCGCUCGCAUCAUCUACCUGUUCCAGACGAACCCUCACCUCGGGCCGCUGCAGAUCUCCCUCGGGUGCAUGAUCAUAGAUAUCGCCAAGUUCCUGUUCAUCUUCUUCUUGGUGUUAACGAGCUUCGCCUGCGGUCUGAAUCAGCUGUACUGGUACUACGACCCCCCUAGUAGUUCCUGUGACAUCACGACUGGAGAAGGCAGCUGUAGCGGUUCGGAUGCCUUCAACACGUUGGACGUGACAUUUGCAACGCUCUUUUGGUCCCUCUUUGGCAUCAGUUCUCCUAAGAGUACGGAUCUCGAGGAGGAGCAUGAGUUUAUUGAGACUGUCGGCCAAGGACUCUUCAUGGCCUACCACGUCAUGUCCAUCAUUGUCCUCAUUAACAUGCUCAUAGCUAUGAUGUCUAACAGUUUCCAACAAAUUGAGGACCACGCCGACCAGGAGUGGAAGUUCGCGCGUUCGAAGCUGUGGAUGAGCUACUUCGACCCCGGUUCGACCCUCCCGGCGCCCUUCAACCUCAUCAUCAGCCCGAAGGCGAUCUUCUACUUCCUCCGCGCCGUCAAGAGGUGCGUCCAGAGCGUGUGUUCGAGGCGGGGGCGGCGCGCCAGGGGCAAGAGGAAGAGCUUUUCCAUGGAGAAGGGGGCGCUGCAGGUAAGAGGAGGAGCCGUUGGGGUCUCUGGCCAAGCCAACAAGUACGCGGAGGUGAUGCGCCGCCUCGUCUCUCGCUACAUCCACCAGACCAAGAAGCAGCAUCGCCAAGACGGGGUCAACGAGGACGACCUGCUGGAGAUCAAGCAGGACAUCUCGAGUCUGAGGUACGAACUCCGUGAAGACAGAAAACGGGAAACGGCCGCGCCUUACGGCCAGAUGGACUCAAUUAAAAAAGACAUCCUACGCCUUCUCAAGCAGAGGGCGUGGGUCGUCCAGUGGGCGUGGUUCAGGAGGGAAUAG